UACCACCAAACACAAUGGUCGUCCCUAAGAAUCCCAAUUCGUGGCUCUGCGAUCACGAGCACUACCAACUCCUCUCCGCUCCCAUCGGAAUCCUCACCUUCGAGGCCGCCGCCGCCAUGUCCCGUCUCGUCUCCCUCCACCGCUCCCUCUCCGAACCGGAACUCCACCGCCUCCGUGCCGACGCCAUGCGUUCCGCUGGAGUGGCUUACCUCACCUCUACCGACCAGCACUUCCUCUUCCGCCUCGCCUGCGCCGAAUUCCUUUCUGACCUGGAUGCUUCCGCCGCCACAGUCUCCCGCUUCUCCACCCGCUGUAACGCCGAACCCCUCCUUUUGUUCCCCCGCACCUACGCAGACGUCAAAGCCGGCCGCGCCACAACUAAUAUCCGAACCCUCUCCGUCAAAGGAGUAGAACGCCGAGUCAAAAAAAUGGAGAAAUGCAUCGCCGUGGUUGUGAAGCUCUUGGAAGAGAUAGAAGCAGGGGAAAAAGACAUGGCUUUGAUGAAAUUCGGGAGGCUGCUGCCGCAGAAGCCGGUGGCGGAGCUUAAAUUGCAUGGGAAGAAAGUGGCGAAGCUAAAGGAACAGUCUUUAUGGUGCAAGACGUUUGACGAAGUGGUGGAGCUCAUGUCAGGAGCAGUCCUCGCCAUCUUCGCCCGCAUCUGCGCCGUCUUCAGCCCGUUCGUCGAGGGCCUGCCCCCAAUACUGAUCUCUGGCGGUCGAAUGCGCUUCACUUUGCUCAAUCCUAAAUUACGAAUUUACCCGCGGUUCGCUGGAAGGCACUACGCCUCCGGACCGAUAGACCGGGCCAAGGCAGCCGCCAAGGAAGUAGCAAUCAGAAACUCAUGCCCCAUCAUAGGCAGGGGAAGUAGGGAAGAAGUGUACAAGCUUCCUGAGGACUGCAAGAAGGUUCUACAGCCGGGAGAGAGAACGGUGGGUGGCUCCGGGUUGGCGAUUCAGUACGCGAGUAUCAUCUUGUCAGCGGAGAGGUUGAUGAGGAUUAGGAGUGGUGCAGAGGAAGCAGAGGAGGGGGAGGAAGUGGCGGUGAGGGAUGAAAUAUAUCGAAUGUUGCCGGCGAAGCUGAAGGAGACGGUGAGGAGGAGGCUGAGGGAGAAGUGGAAAGAGAGAGGAUUGGCUGACGGCGAGCUUGCAGAUGGGUGGAGGGAGGCCGUUGAGAGAAUACUGAGAUGGCUGAGUCCAGUGGCAAGGGAUACGGAGAAAUGGGGGGAGGAGAGGACGAUGGACAAGAAGCAGAGAUUGAAUACGAAGCCGCGGGUUUUGGCUUUACAGACUUUCAUGUUCUCUGAUCGAGAGAAAGUGGAAAUGGCGAUUGUGGAGGUUCUCGUCGGGUUUAGCUGCAUCUGCUGGUACGACGGCGCCGGCGUUGGCGGCCACGGCGACAGGACAAGAUAGUUAGUUAACAAAAUAUAAUUUUUAUUACUUUAAAUAUACACAUAAAACAGAGGAAGAAGAGGCGAAGGAGGGUAGAGAGCAGCAACUUCAGCUUCUUAAUUACUUUGAGCAAAGUAGUAGAGAUUCAUAUUCAGACGGGUUUUGGACCCAAAAAGCUCUAUGAUAUUUAAGGUCCCCAUUAGGGUUAGUGCAUGCUUGUUUGUAACGGCUACAAUUAUUUGUAAAGUUAAUUGUACAAUAAUUACAACGAAAAUAGAAUUUUUG